UUUACCUCCCAUCGCCGCCUUUGUCUCAGUACUCAGCUGGAAUGCUCUCUCUAGAGGAAGAAGAAAAUCCCUGAUAUCGAAUAUUGAAAUUGAAAAAAAAAAAAAAAAACCAACCAAACACUCCAAAAGUUCUCUUUCACACGCAGUCAAACUCCGGAAGUUUUCCCGAGAAAACGAAAUAUGGACUCAACGCCCGUGAACUGGGAAGCUUUGGACUCUCUUGUCAUUGAUUUCGCCAAAUCAGAGAAUUUAAUCGAGGAGUUCUUUUCUUCCCCAUCGCCAUUGUCUUCUCCUUCUCCUUCCUCUUCCGUCUCCUCUUCAUCUUACCAAUCCAGAUUGAUCAUUCGCCAGAUAAGACGGUGCUUGGAGGCUGGUGACAUUGACUCCGCCAUCGAUCUUCUCCGCACUCACGCUCCUUUCGUCCUCGAUGACCAUAGGCUUCUGUUUCGGUUGCAGAAGCAGAAAUUUAUUGAGCUAUUGAGGAGCGGGACGGAUGAGGCUAGAGAUUCUGCAAUUGAAUGCAUAAGGACGACUCUUGCUCCCUGUGCUCUAGAUGCCUAUCCGGAAGCAUAUGAGGAAUUCAAGCAUGUCCUUCUUGCCUUUAUAUAUGACAAAGAUGAUCAGAGUUCUCCUGUGGCAAAUGAGUGGUCUGAGAGGAGGAGGUUUGACAUUGCUGGGUUGAUGUCUUUUGUCCUAAGAGCUCAUUUACAUGCAUUUGAUCCAGUCUUUUCAAUGACAUUGAGAUAUUUGAUAAGCAUACAUAAAGGUUUUUGUUAUCGUCAAGGAGUCUCAUCACCUAUUUCAGAUCUUACUGAAAGGUUACUCCUUGAGGAACAUGAUCUUCCUGCUGUACCACAAGAAAGUUUGUACGAGGCACCUCCAUUUGAUGAGGUGGAUAUACAAGCUCUUGCACACGCAGUGGCACUUACUAGACAAGGGGCAGUUGAUAGCUUGAGAUUUGCUAAGGGAGAUCUGUUUCUGGCAUUCCAGAAUGAAUUGUGUCGGAUGAAAUUGGAUGUCUCGAUGCUCGAUAAGCUUGUUCAUGAGUAUUGCGUCUAUAGGGGUGUUGUGGAUUCUGGUUUUGCUUCACCUUCAGUGUCAGGAAUGCAAAACCCUUCUGAAGCUUUAAAAGUUAAUCAACCAGAAGCUGGCUAUUGUUCAUCAAGAACCUGUUCUCUUGAAGUGGAUCAUGCUACCAGUAAACAUUCAGAUCUUGAAACUUCUAUGUGUAAGGCUUAUAUGGAUGGUUCUACUGAAAAUAAUGUGGAUAUGAAUAGCACACAAGGAACUGACGCUGAGUUCAGAUAUGCUUUUGAAUCAACCAGCAAUUGCGAAGAUUGUAGCACCAGUGGAUCACAUCAAACUGGAGUUUCAAAAGUUCUACGGAGAAACAGAAACUAUGUAACUGGAGAAAGGAGCAAACGCAAGCGAUGGAGGGGUAGGCAAGAUGACCAAGAUUAUACUUCUGGAGAUUCCUUCCAUGAAUGCAGCAAGCUAGAUUUUAAUGCUACUGCUACCUGCACAAAUAUGUCAAGAGAACAACAGGGCUUUGAGAAAAGUUUCCCAUUAGACCGAAACAAUAGGGAGGAUAAAUACGAGAUUGUGCUGGGGAUGAAGGAACUAACAAGUAGAGGAAUGGCUGCAGAGGUUGUGGAAGAAGUUCAUGCUUUGGAUCCACACUUUUUUGUGCAAAAUCAUAUCUUGCUCUUCCAAUUGAAGCAGGUUGAAUUUCUUAAGCUGGUCAGUUCUGGAGACCAUUCAAGUGCUCUAAGGGUUGCAUGCUCACAUUUAGGGCCCUUAGCUGCAAAUGAUCCAACUCUUGUGAAGCCCUUAAAGGAGACUUUGUUGGCAUUGCUCCAUCCUAAUGAAGAUGCAUUAGGAAAAGGCUUGCCUUUAAAUUCUCUUGCAACUUCUCUCCAGGCUGCAGUUGGUAGGAGGCUCGGUAUUGAAGAACCACAGCUUAUGAAGAUAAUGAGAGCAAUGCUUCACACACACAAUGAGUGGUUUAAACUUCAAAUGUGUAAAGAUCACUUUGAAAGUCUUUUGAGGAUUGAUUCCUUGAAAGAAGUUAAUACCCCCAUGCUUUCUGCAUGUUCCAUGUCAAAGUCAAAUGCUGACAGUUGCACCCAGGGAUCCUCCCAAGUUACAGUUUCUUCAAGCACCAGGUUGUCUGGAGAUGGUGGCAGUCCAACUCAAGUGUCAUCUAGGGAUGGUGUCUGUGAUGAAAAUGAAAUACUUAAAGUUAUGGAAUUUCUUGGGUUGCCGAGGAUCGAUGCCAUCCAUCUUCUGGCACAGUACAAUGGAAAUGCCGAGACUGUCAUCCAGGAAAUAUUUGCAUAGCUUAGGAUCUAAACCUAUACCAAAGACACAUUUAUUUGUUCAUUACAAGAAGUAAACCUUAAUUCAAAUUAGUUGGAUAAGCUAUAUGGUUCCUUUUUUAACCAUUUAGCUUUUUUUGAGAUCAAUUUAUUUGUUCAUUAUAUAAAAGAAAAUUAUUUUAUUCAAAAGUUGUACCGUAUCUGUAAAUAACUUGCAGAGCGACAGUCUUGAUAUCAAAUGCCAAAGAACGGGGCCUCCUUUUUAUCGGUUUCUUUAUA